AUGGUUAGCCGUGCUAACUGCAGCCAAAUCGAUUGCGCUGAAGUAAGUGACUUGGACGAGUAUUCCGUCUGGGGUUACAAUUCGUUGUUUCCGGAACUCCGAAACUCCGGUCUACCGCGCGUCAAAGAGUUUCUUAAUAACCGGUUGCUGAAUCCCACGCCCGUCGGAAGCAACUGUACCGUUUACAAAAGCGCGUCACCGCUAUACAACAUGAAACCCGUUCACAGCAACCAUUCGAAAAAAAUAAUCCAUGAAUCACUGCAACAAACGCACAUGAUGGACAAACGUGGUGGAGAUCAAUUGGUCUGCAAACACCUACCGGCAGUCCAACGGCUUGACGACAUUAUGGCCGCACGUGGUAAAUUAGUACAAUACGCUAUGAUCUCCACGGCGGGCCUAAUGCCGAGCAGGAUUUACACUUAUAAUGCCAAAUGUGAGGGUAUGGUAACUUACGGAUGCGGUCCGUCGAUGGAAGAAGCAAUAGAAGUUGCGGCGGCCAAAUUUUUGAAAAAGUUUGAAUUUUCUCCUGUACAAGCUGAUGACCAUUUACUAAAUUCAAUUAAUUCAUUAAAUAUAGAUAGUAAACCUAAUGCGAAACAUAACAACCACAUUGGUAUACUGCAAGAGUAUUGUCAAGCUCGUGGUUUGGAUUUACCAAAAUAUGAAUACCGCCAAGAUAAUGACAUUAAAAACAAGAGGCAUAUGUACUCCGUAAUAUGUUCCAUUGGGCAAUGCAAAUUCACGGGCGUAGGGAUAUCCAAGCAAAUCGCAAAAAAUCAUGCUGCUCGUUUGACGUAUAACCAAAUUUAUUUGAAUAAUGCUACAAUCAAUCAGAAUACAACAUCGAAUACCAGAAAGAAGAAAUCGAUAGAUUUCGGUCAAGGUUUGUCGAAAAAUGAAGCCAAAAACGACGAUGUGAACAUUGCUUUGGACCAGAUCUACCACGGAAGAAACAAAACCAAAAUGUCUGCCAAUUACAUUGGUAAACUCCAAGAGAAGUGCGCAGCUCGUGGUUGGGAACUGCCAAAAUAUGAAUACCACCAAGAAAAUGAUAAUGAAAUCCAUAAAUUAUUUUAUUCCGUGAUAUGUUCCGCAGGACCCUACAAAUCCACGGGUGUUGGUAAUUCCAAGCAACUUGCAAAAAAUGAAGCAGCUCAAAUUGUGUGUGACCAAAUUAAUUUGGAUCAACAGAACAAUACCUCGUUACUUCAAAGCAAUUACGCACGUGAUAAAACUGAUAAAUUUAAGCCGAAUGUUAUGAAACUAAAAAACGUCGAACAAUGUGAUUGCGUUUACCCCAUGAAACUAUGGUAUGAACAAAUAUCAUCAUCUAAAAACGAAUGUAUGCAAAAACUAAAGAGAUGCACUUCCUGGGAAGAAAUUAAUAUGACUCCAUUUCAAUUUUUGACAAAACUUGCAAAGGAAGAAGACUUUAGUGUCACCUAUGAACGACUUUUUGAUGUUAACGGAAGACCAGUUUUUGGAGCAAUUCAUAUAUACGUAGCAAGGAAUUAUGUCAGAACGUUUAUAGAUGAGGGAAUCACAGACGCAGAGGUUCAAAAUUCGGUUGCCGAGAAAACAUUAAAUUUUAUCAAACAUAUUAAAUUA